AUGUCCUUAACCGAUCUAACUGCCUUGGCUCAAGAUAUAUGUUCCAUCUAUUACGACUUCUAUGACGAUUAUAAUGUGCAAAUUAAAAUUGGAGAAAAUUCAGAAAUGGAAAUCUUCAAAGCCCAUUCGGUUAUUCUUAGGGCCAGGUCACUGUAUUUUCGCGAAUCAUUUUCUAACAAUUGGGUGGAACGGGAACAGGAUGGGAGCUUCACUCUCACGAAUAACUUCGAUCGUGAUAACAGGUAUAUCUAUACUGGAACAUGUGACCUAAAAGAUUGCGAUACUAUAAUAAAGUUACUAAUAGCGGCCGACGAAUUGGCAAUCGAUGGGCUUGUUAAGCACAUACAAAAUUACAUAAUUACAAAUGAGACCGCUCUGUUGCUUGAAAAUCUCGUUAAGAUUUUUCAAAUUUCAUCAAAGCAUGAAGCGUUCGCUGAACUUCGAGAAGUCUGUGGUCAGCAAAUAAGUCGAAAUCCCGAUCUAUUAUUGAAAUCGAGCGACAUUGCGUGGGUAGAGAAAAACUCGCUUCUUACCUUUAUCAAACGUGACGACAUUAACACCGACGAAAUCAAUAUUUGGAAUAGUGUAGUAAAAUGGGGCAUGGGUCAAGAGCCAAAACUUGAUGAGGACAUCAAGAAUUGGACUAGCGAUGACUUUAAAGAGUUGAAGAACAGAGUUCAUGAUUUCUUUCCAUACAUUAGAUUUUUUAUAAUAUCCGGUAGACUUUAUUAUGAAUACAUUCGACCAUUUAAAUCCAUCUUGCCAAAGCGUCUUAAAGAAAAGCUCAAGAAAUUUUAUUAUUUUGGAAGCACCGAUCCACCCUGCGAGGAGCUUCCUUCCCGGGUUUUACGUUACGACCCAGGUUCUAUUUUGAUUGAAUCCACUCAUCUUUCGUUAAUUUCGAGUUGGAUUGAUCACAGGGACUACAAUAGCAAACUCGACAUCAUCCCCUAUGAAUUCAAAUUAUUGAUACGAGGUAGUCGGGAUGGAAUGAAGAUUCAGGAAUUCCAUGAUCGAUGUGAUAAUAAAAAGGCCACAUUGAUUGUAAUAAAGGUUGCAGACACUGGUGAUAUUAUUGGAGGAUAUAAUCCAUUGCCCUGGGCCUCCACUCAUAAAUGGAUAUCCACUACCGAGAGUUUCAUCUUCUCGCUGGGCAUUGAUGGAAAAGGAAUAGACGGGAAAGGAAUUGGUAAUUCCAUAUUAAGCAGGGUGACCAACCCCGAUGAAGCUAUAUUCGAUGGGAAUAGUACUUCUCCAAACUUUGGAUUUGGAUAUGACUUGUGGUGGUUUGGGGGUCGAGGUUACAGAAAAGAUUAUGAGAAGAGUAUUUUGCUAAAUUCCAGCUUUAAGACACAGGAUUACGAAGUGUUUGAGGUUAUUAAAAAGUGA